GGACACCUGCAACAUCCUGGAGCGCAGCUCAGCGUCCUGCUGGACGACCGUGAGGAGGAUUAAGGUAUGGACUUGUUUUAUUUAGUGCUCGGACGUGAGUGAAUCGGCCAUUACGUUUUGGGUCUCAACGCUCACGAGCCACGCAUCAGGCCUGCAACGGUUUGGUUUUCAGUUGGUUUAAGUGGACUUUGAAAUCAAUUGCAUAUUUGUGGCACUGUUAUGUAAGUGUACUUUAUGUUGUGCGUAAGAUUUUGCACUGACAGGGUUAAGUUGUUUUUAAUUUACUUUAUUUAAUGUACAAUUAAAGGGGGAAAUUUUAUUUUUCUACAGUUAUGUUCCCUGGUGGUUUGUGGUAAACAACUGUGCCUUAAGAAGUCAAGAGCUUACAUUACUACUGAAAUUAUCCAGGACAAAACAAUUAUAAAAUAGGAACUCAGGGCCCUUUCUACUCCAAGACACAGUAGACGGGCUACACAAGUCUCUCAUGAGCUUCUUUAUUACAAAUUCCCACCACAGUUGAUAAAUAGUUCUGUUGCUCACAUUUCUUGAUCUUUCUGUGAAUCAAUUGACUUUAUUUGAAGUGUAUAUGUGAGGAGAAGCUUUAUUCAUUGUUCUUCUGACAAACACACUGAUGAUUGAUCAAAUCUCUAUCCAGCCAGUAGCUAAAGUUGAUUCCAGAUUGUGUGCUAUAAUAUAAUAGACAUUUCUUAAUUCUCAAGCAGUAAAUGACAAACACCACAAGCUAUGUAACCUUUACUUCCAACUGUAUAUGUUGUAAAUGUUGCUUUUGUUCAUCAAAAUUCUAGUUUUUUUUUUUACUUUUCAGUUUCAUAACCUUUCCACCUCUCUGGAAACACAGGGGGGACACGGCCCCCCCUGGAGUCCCUUCAGGACUGUUGAGUGAUCCAGGAACCAGCAGUGCCCAGGAUUCAAUCAUGAGCACUGGUUGAGAACAGCUGUCGGAGCGAUGGCCAGACACGCUGACAGCAGCUGAAACAAGCAGGAGGGAAGCAAACGUCAGUUAACAGACGAACCACAGAUGAGACAGCGGACAGUAUCCUUAAAGGCACUGCAUGCAGCCUGCUACACACAUGAAGCUAUCUAUGAAGCCUAAGUGAAAGUAAGAAAAGGAAAAGUUAGCGCUGAUCACCUCGAAGGUGAAAAAGCUGAGUGACACACCUGAUGAAGGUGAUCAGCAGGGAGAGAAACCCAGCAGGACAGCGGCCCAGGACCAGGAAUGCCCACCCCUGAUCUACCUGCAGCAUCGGGCCCUGUCUCACCUGGAGUCCUCUGGGAGCACUGAGAGAGUCGUGUUUUUGACCUCUCCAGUGCUUUCAACACCAUCCAGCCAUCACUGCUGAGGAGGAAGCUGGAGGUGGCAGGUGUGGACCAACAUCUGGCUGCUUGGACCAUCAACUCUCCCCUUACUCUCGGAGAGAGCAUCAGUAGAACACAUUUACACCCUUAAAGGGAGAAAGACAGGUUCCUUUUGUAGUUCUGACCUCUUCUUCCUGUGACCAAAAGUACAAAGUCUGUGUGGUGGAAAGUGUGAAUUCAUGAGUCAGUGUGAGGACAGAGAGGAGGGAGCCCUGCCCUCUAAAACCAGUCUGCGUGAAGACCAUAAGAGCCAGAACAAAGCUCAGAGGUUUCAUCAGAGACAAGAAUCUGCUGAACUUGGACGUGGACCUUAACCCAGCUGCAUGUCCUUCCAGAGCGAUAGGUCAAAGGACAUUGUUGUUAAUUUUAAAGACCAACAUGCAACCAACAAAGUGGACCAGCAGAGCUCAGAGGUUCCUAGUGCUCAGUCUGUCCAGCAGCACCAAACACACCUGGACUCCAUAUUUAUGCUGCUGGAGGAAAACAUUGUCACAUUUGUGCAGAAGGAGCUAAAAAAGAUCCAGAAGGGUCUGAGUCCAGAUUACCCAGAAUGCUUAGAGAGUCAGAGGGAGAAUGAGGAGGAGUUGGAUGGUGAGGAUGAAGAGCAGAGGAGGAGCAGCAGAGACGCGUUUCUGAAGAUCACAGUGAACCUCCUGAGGAGGAUGAAGCAGGAGGAGCUGGCUGACUGUCUGCAGAGCAGAUCUUCUGCUACACUUUGUCAGGAUCAACUUAAAUCUCGCCUGAAGCAGAAGUUCCAGUGUGUCUUUGAAGGCAUCGCUAAAGCAGGAAAGCAAACCCUUCUGAACCAGAUCUACACAGAGCUCUACAUCACAGAGGGAGGGACUGGAGAGGUCAACGAUGAACAUGAGGUCAGACAGAUUGAAACAGCCUCCAGGAAACCAGACAGAGCAGAAACAAGCAUCAGACCAGAAGACGUCUUUAAAGGCUCAGCUGGAAGAGAUGGAGCCAUCAGAACAGUGAUGACAAAGGGAGUGGCUGGCAUUGGGAAAACAGUCCUAACACAGAAGUUCACUCUGGACUGGGCUGAAGGCAAAGCCAACCAGGACAUACACUUCACAUUUCCAUUCACCUUCAGAGAGCUGAAUUUGCUGAAAGAGCAAAGGUUCAGCUUGGUGGAACUUGUUCAUCAUUUCUUCAGUGAAACCAAAGCAUCAGGAAUCUUCAUUUUUAAACACUUUAAGGUUGUUAUUAUCUUGGACGGUCUGGAUGAGUGUCGACUUCCUCUGGACUUCAACAAGACUAAAACCCUGACUGAUGUCACAGAAUCCACCUCAGUGGAUGUGCUGCUGACAAACCUGAUCAGGGGGAACCUGCUUCCCUCUGCUCACCUCUGGAUCACCUCACGACCUGCAGCAGCCAAUCAGAUCCCUCCAGGGUGUGUUGACAUGGUGACAGAGGUCAGAGGAUUCACUGACCCACAGAAGGAGGAGUACUUCAGGAAGAGGUUCAGAGAUGAGCAGCAGGCCACAACAAUCAUGUCCCACAUCAAGACGUCACGAAGCCUCCACAUCAUGUGCCACAUCCCAGUCUUCUGCUGGAUCACUGCUACGGUUCUGGAGGAUCUGCUGGAAACCAGAGAGGGAGGAGAGCUGCCCAAGACCCUGACGGAGAUGUACAUCCACUUCCUGGUGGUUCAGACCAAAGUGAAGAACAUCAAGUAUGAUGGAGGAGCUGAGACAGAUCCACUCUGGAGUCCAGAUAGCAGGAAGAUGAUUGAGUCUCUGGGAAAACUGGCUUUUGAGCAGCUGCAGAAAGGAAACCUGAUCUUCUAUGAGUCAGACCUGACAGAGUGUGGCAUCGAUAUCAGAGCAGCCUCAGUUUAUUCAGGAGUGUUCACACAGGUGUUUAAAGAGGAAAAAGGGCUGUAUCAGGACAAGGUGUUCUGCUUCAUCCAUCUGAGUGUUCAGGAGUUUCUGGCUGCUCUUCAUGUCCAUCUGACCUUCAUCAACUCUGGAGUCAACCUGCUGUCACAUUUUAUGACGAAACAUGAACAUACACCGUUCUACCACGUUGCUGUGGACAAGGCUUUAGAGAGUCCAAAUGGACACCUGGACCUGGUCCUCCGCUUCCUCCUGGGAUUUUCUCUUGAGAAAAACCAGUCAUUCUUACAAGGUUUGAUGACACGAAUGAGAAGUAAUUUACAAACCAAUCAGAACAGUUCAAUAUAUCAAGAAGAAAAUUACAGAGUUUCCUUCUGCAGAGAAAAGCAUCAACCUCUUCCACUGUCUGAAUGAGCUGAAUGAUUGUUCUCUAGUAGAGGAGAUCCAACACUAUCUGAAAUCAGGAAGUCUCUCCACAGAUAAACUGUCUCCUGCCCAGUGGUCAGCUCUGGUUUUCAUCUUAUUGUCUUCAGCAAAUGAUCUUGAAGUAUUUGAGCUGA